AUGCCAGAGAAGCAACGCAUGACCACCAGGCUCAAGGAACUUUUCGAGCGCCCGGAGAUUUUCGUGCUGGCCGGCGGGAUGAACCCCAUGGGCGCGAAGAUGGCCGAGGUACUGGGAUUCGAGGCCUUUUACAUGUCCGGGGGGAAUACCUCGGCCCAGCUCAUGGGUUUGACCGAGGGCGGCACCAGCAUGCGGGACAUGGUGGACAACGCCAGGCGCAUCGUGAACACCAUCGACAUUCCCGCCUUCGUUGACAUGGAUACCGGCUAUGGAGACGCGAUCCAGGUUUAUGAGACAGUGAAGGAGUACAUUCGGGCCGGUAUCGCCGGCACCCACCUGGAGGAUCAGACCUACCCGCCCAAAUCAGGUCCCCGUCGCCGCUGUGUUUCCAUCGAAGAGAUGGUGGGCAAACUGCGCGCCGCCAUGGACGCCAAAAUGGAACUUGACCCUGACUUCGUCAUCGUGGCCCGGUGCGACUACGCCGGCGUCCCUGGCGCAACGUUCGAGGACGUGAUGGAACGCUGCCUGGCGUACAAGAGCCAAACCAACGUGGACGUAGUGUGCCCGGCCGUCGCGUCCUGGGAGGACAAUCAGGAAGCCAUCCGGCGGAUCCCGGGUCCGGUGCUGCCGCUAUUCACCCACGGCAGCCAAACGCAUCCCACCCUGGAAGAGUUGCAGCAAGCCGGGGCCGCCGCCGCCUGGUAUCCCGGCCUGACCACCAUGGCGGGGCUUCAGGCGUCCUGGGACUUUCUGAGCGAUUUCCAGGAUCGCGGCACCCCCGCCAUCGACGAUUUUCUGGCGACUGCGGCCCAGAGCAGGUGGGGCAUCGCCAGCAACGGCGGCAUUCUGGGUGCCGAGCGAAUUCGGGAGAUGGAGGACAAGUACCUGCCAUAA